CACACAUCGACAAUCUACGACCAGCAAACACUCUCCGCCUUGCCGCAAUAUUUCAAACGUCCAGCCGCACCUUUCGCGACCACCGAUCAUUCACCUUCGCGCGCCCAACCUCACCACCGGACUCGCCAGUCCGCUCCAAAAUGGCAUCACAGCUGGACGCCAAAGAGCUGCAGCAAAUCGGCAGGCAGAUUCUCAAGGCCGCCGAAUCAGGAGACCCAGCCAGUACCGUGCUCGACCUGCUCAAACCGCUCGAGAACUUUCGCGCAACCGAAGACCUGCUCCGGCAAUCGAAAAUCGGAAUUGCUAUAACAAAGCUUCGACAGAACAAGGAUCCGAAGGUGGCAGAAACUGCUUCGAAGCUGGUAAAUAGAUGGAAGCAAGAGGUCAACGCAAAGAAGAAGAAGGCGGGAAGUGAUAGUCCAGCACCUCCAAGCAGGAACGGCCUGGGUGCAAGCGCAACAGGCAGCCCUGCACCUCAGGUGAAGUCGGAAGUCAAGGGCGAGCAGCGCAAGAGCACAGUCGAACCCGCCAAACGCAAUACCCAGACAGAUCGCAUCGACUACAACGUCACGGGCGACAAGACUCGCGAUGGGUGCUUGAAGCUCAUGUACGAUGGGAUUGCGUUCAUGUCAGAAGAAUCGCCGGAUGCGAUUUUCAGCGUGGCUAGGAGAGUCGAGGUUGCUGCAUUCGAGCACUUCAAGAACGAGACGAACAACGACUACAAGCAGAAGAUGCGAUCGCUGUUCCAGAAUCUGAAGUUCAAGGACAAUCAACUGCUGAGAAGAGAUGUGUUUACUCAGAAGAUUGAGCCCAAGCGUUUCGUGACAAUGACAAGCGAGGAGCUGAAGAGUGAGGAUCGCCGGAAGGAAGAUGAGGCUUUGGAGAAGGAGAACAUGAGCAAGGCGAUGACUGCUCAAGAGGCGAAGGCCAUCUCGACAACCAUGACUUGCGGCCGCUGCAAGGAGAGCAAGGUUUCCUACUCUCAGGCUCAGACACGUUCCGCUGAUGAACCGCUCACGACUUUCUGCGAGUGUACGGUCUGUGGGCACAGGUGGAAGUUCUCGUAAAGCAGCCGGACGAGCCAAGGCCACGAGCAAAGAUUUUUGACUGGUGGCAUUGAUUGCUCUGCUUGGAACGACAGAGCAUGUGGGAGCAGCUCGCACAAAUUGGACUGAGGCAUUCUCGCUGCAGUAUGCCACUCUUUCAGCAUGGGCAGCUCGGUAAGCAGUACGACCCAGAUCAGAUAUCAUAAUGUCAUGGGAAGGCCCGAGUUGCAAUACCGCUGCACUUGACCACAUGCGAAGUCACCACGUUCGACUUCAGCUGGCAGGUCAGUUGACACGGCCAACAGAACGGCGAGCAGAAAAACAGCUAUUGCCUUUGAAGUUCUAAAGUAGCAUAGCGUAUGGACUCUCAUCGACCACGACUGCAAUUCUCAACUUCUGUGACAGCUGUCACGCCCGAC